AUGACGGUAAAUCAACCCAAGUCAAGAUUUGAGCAAGGUUGGCAGCGCGUUAAAGAAAUGUGGGAUGAAAAUGAACCUGCUCUAGAAGUCGAAUAUUUACCAACCAUAGCUUUUUCAAGUUCCUUUACUGCUUUCAUACUUGCUGGAUUAGUAGGAGCACAGCAAACGGCUGAAAAUUUUAGAGCAAAUAGUAAAUUUAGGAUGUUUCCCAGUAAAGUGCAGGCUCUGCGUGAGAUGCAUUCUCAUGCUUUGCUGGGAUUUGUGCGAAGUGGAAGUAAAGCUGGUUGGCGAGCUUGUAUUUUUGCAGUUACUUUUACUUUAUUAUCGGGAAGUCUGAAUGCUUAUUUCAAUAAAAUUCAUGUAUUAAAUUAUACUGCUGCUGGCUCUUUUACGGGCGCAUUGCUCAAACUUAGGCAAGGACCUCGUGGCAUAGUUGUAGGGCUUUUUGCAGGUUCAGUAAUAAGUUUGCCAGUUGGAUUAUGUGCACAAGGCUUACAUUCUGUGUUACCCCAAAGUUAUUACGAUUCUUUAAAGGAAGAUAAGCUAAAACGAAAGAAAGAACGGGAAGAAGAUUGGCAGUCGCGACUGUCUGCCCUCAGUCGAAUGAUUGACUCUAUGAAAUCCGAUCCAUUAUUGGAUGAUAAUGCAUCGGAUGCGAGCAAUGAGACGAACAGCCAAGAGGCAGAAACACUUCCUACCAUCAAAGAUCAAAGUGACAAGUCAAAGAAGGAAUAA